UUGAUGUGUAAACCGAAACCUACAAGGAAAACCGAUAUUCUCAACGAUCGAGAAUUUAAACGACUUGUUUCAACAACCCAUGAAGAUUAUUUAGCUCAGAACUACAACUGUUCGCAGCUAAAUAAGUUGUGCUCAUCGGAAAAGGAUCAUCUUCAGAUUUACUAUGAAUAUUUGGAAAAAAGGAUUGAGCGUAAUCAAAAGCGCAUAAGAAGCAAGCAUACCAAGAAGUCACCGACUGUCAUUAUCAGGAACAUUCCUGCUCCCGAGGAAAUACCGGUUGAGGGAGCGGCUCCGCCCGUCGCUGAAGUUUCGGAUGCGGGUAGGUCCCUACCGGUGGUAGAAGAUGUUGAGAUUGGAAUUGUAAGAAAUCCGAAUGAUGAACAAUCUCCGAAAGGUGUACGAGAUAUCGAACAAAAUUUGGAAGAUUUGAAUGUUUCCUUGGCACAAGUUGAAUUAUCCCAGGUUAUGCCUCCAAAGGAACUACUUAUCGAAGACGUUCCGCUUCCCGCGCCACAAGUGCAUCCAAUGUUGGAAGGGAUAGAUGAAGAUUUAGAGUCUCUGCCUUUGUCAGAUCCUCAGGUCAGGGCUCAAAUUCUGAAUGAAUUUCCAAGCCUUCGCCCCGGAGAGCACAAUGGACGGUUUGAGGAGUUUGAGGAACUUCCAAUGUCUGAGGAAAGGGCACUACUAAUGCCACCCCCAUUGGAUGGUGGUCUUAAAGCCAGUACUCCGAUUUCGUCGAUUCCUACUGCAAAUAUCCGACGAAAGGUUCCCGUUGAGAAAAGUCGUCUCGAAACUGCGGAUUUGAGCGCGAUCAACGAUCCUACUCCAUUGAAACCGAGUAAUGCACAAGAGUCGUUACAGAUUGCCGAGCUUAUGGAAGGCCAUGCAGUUGAACAAGAAAUCGCAAGCAAUCAACAGGUAGAAGUCGUUACUGAAAAGGAAACGCAAGAAUCCGUUCAACGUGUUCCGUCUGUGGAAAGUGUCCACAUCUCCGAGCCUAUGGAUGUGGUUCCAUCGACGCCACAGGAAGAACCAAUCAGAAGAGUACCAGCUCCUGUUGAUCAACCUACUACGUCCGAUUCUUCCAUAGGUCGACCAGUGUCCAGCCCCAGGCGAGUGACAAAAACUGUCAAAAAGGUUCGCGUGUAUGGUGAUUCUAUUUCUCUAGACACUAACGAGUUAAGACGUCAGUUUGAAAUCUUUGAUGAUUUAGAAGAUUUACGUUGGCUCGAUAAUGGACGCAAUGUGAUCAAAUCGCUUAUGGUAAUGCAAAACCAUCGUGCGGGUACGCAGAUGCGUUCCUCGAACGAACUUCACGGUCCACGUGAUUCAUUGGUGGCCGAAAUCGAGCAGCAACAGAUAUUGCGCGACAAAUCUACAACCUUCGGUGAUAUCAGUUCCAUUCGGGAACAAGCAACGAGUAAGCUUUAUACGAUUUUGGAAGGUCCUCAAGAUGAGGAUCGAGGACAACACCUGCUGCAGUCCAAAGCAGCACCCGUUCCAAUAGAAGAGAUACCAUCACUACCGGAAGUACCGAUAGUCCAGAGUACCGGCUUGGACAUCCAAUCGAUCGUUCCGAACGCAACAAGUAUAGAAACGCCACAGCUAGAGAGUAUUUCCGUUACAAACGGAAGAAUCGAGCAGGAAACGGUGCAUGGCGAAAAUAUGGUCAAUGUGGAAACCGUUAGAUCUCAUCCAGUCGGUUCGAAUCCCGUUGAUGACAAUAGGCCUCCGGAAAAGUCGCAGAGAGACGGGCCAUUUGGUUCACAUGAUAAGGCUUUAGUAUCGGUAAGUACAACAUUUAUCACAUGAUAUUACACGAAAGAUUCAGCAUUAUACUGCGUUGCGCUGGAUAUCUUUUACGAACGGAUGUGAACGAGAAAAUCAAAU